AUGUUGACACAGCGCAGCUGGGAAAAUAUGAAGAUCUUGUGGCUGGCAGCGGUGGCGUGGUGUGUCCUAGCACCUCCAGCGCAGGCCAGCAAGAGCUCGGAGGACAUCCGCUGCAAGUGCAUCUGCCCCCCGUACCGGAACAUCAGUGGGCACAUUUACAACAAGAAUGUGUCACAGAAAGACUGCAACUGCCUGCACGUGGUGGAGCCGAUGCCAGUGCCGGGGAACGACGUGGAAGCCUACUGCCUGCUGUGUGAGUGCAAGUAUGAGGAGCGCAGCACCACCACCAUCAAGAUCAUCAUCAUCAUCUACCUCUCGGUGGUGGGGGCACUGCUGCUGUACAUGGCCUUCCUCAUGCUGGUCGACCCCUUGAUCCGGAAGCCAGACGCCUACACCCAGCCCCUGCACAAUGAAGAGGAGAACGAGGAGGCCCGCUCACUGGCAGCAGCUCCCGCUCCCACCGGCGCCAGAGCCAACACGGUGCUGGAGAGGGUGGAAGGAGCCCAGCAGCGAUGGAAGCGCCAGGUGCAGGAGCAGAGGAAGACGGUUUUUGACCGACACAAGAUGCUGAGCUAG